CUCGAGCGACAGCUGAUGGACGCGGACGAUCUUCGCCGCGCGAUGCACAACCAGAUCCAGGAGCUCCGCGGGAACGUUCGCGUCUUCGCGCGCAUGCGCCCGCCGAAGGCUGGCGAGGAAGCGCACGCCGCGGUCAAGCACGUGGACAAGGAUUCCAUGUCCGUCGUCGACAGGCUCGGGGAUGACCAGUGCUUUUCGUUCGACCGCGCGUUUGGACCGGACGCGACGCAAUCGGACGUCUUCGAGGAAGUCUCCCAGCUCGUGCAGUCCGCGCUGGACGGGUACAAGGUGUGCCUGUUCUCGUACGGGCAGACGGGCUCGGGGAAGACGCACACGAUGCUCGGCGCGGGCGACGGCGACAACGCCGGCAUCAUCCCUCGCGCGGUUCAAAAAGUGCUCGAGACGGCGGAAAACCUCAAAGCGAAGGGGUACGAAUACGCCAUGGAGGCUUCCUACGUGGAGAUUUACAACGAGCAGAUUCGCGACCUCCUGCGUCCCGGGAGCUACCACAGCGAGAAGCACGCGAUCGUCGCCAACCCAAAGGGCGGCUGCCCCGAAGUCAGCGGCGUCGAGCGCGAGCGCGUCGCCUCCGUCGCGCACGCCGCGACGCUCGUCCGCCGCGCCGCCGCCGCCAGAGCCGUCGAGGCGACGCAGAUGAACGCGCAGUCGUCGCGCUCGCACACGCUCUUCCUCCUGUACAUCACGGGGACGCACCGCGCGAGCGGGCAGCAGCUCAGCGGAUGCCUCAACCUCGUCGACCUCGCCGGGAGCGAGCGCACGGCGCGCAGCGGCGCGGAGGGCCAACGCAUGAAGGAGGCGUGCGCCAUCAACAAGUCGCUCUCGUCCCUCGGCGACGUCUUCAUGUCCAUCGGACGAGGCGAUAAGCACGUGCCAUACCGGAACAGCAAGCUGACGCACCUCCUCGCGCCGUGCUUGGGGGGCGACGGGAAGACGAUGAUGCUCGUGAACGUCGCGCCGGAGCCGGAGAGCGCGGAGGAGUCGAUGUGUUCGCUGCGAUUCGCCGCGCAGGUCAACGCGGUUGAG